AUGUCACAGUUAAAUCUAGUUUUGGAAAAAUUAUACGAAGAAUAUUAUAAGAAAACAUCAACGAAACUUAAAAUCGUUGAUGCAUAUUUAUUAUAUGUGUUUCUUACCGGCGUCACUCAAUUUGUAUACUGUUGCCUAGUUGGCACAUUUCCAUUCAAUUCUUUUCUUAGUGGUUUUAUUUCAUGUGUAAGCAGCUUCAUAUUGGGAGUUUGUCUUAGAUUGCAAGUUAAUCCACAGAAUAAAUCUGAUUUUAUGGGAAUAAGUGCCGAAAGAGGUUUUGCAGAUUUUAUAUUUGCUCAUGUUAUUUUGCAUUUAGUAGUUAUGAACUUUUUAGGAUAA